AUGAAACAACAUUUGAAGCAGGAGUCAAAGUCCAGAUCCACAGUCAGUCUGAGCCGCCAUUUGUUCAGGAACUUGGGUUUGGUGUGGCACCUGGUUUCCAAACUUUUGUAGCCAUGCAAGAACAAAGGCUGACAUACCUUCCACCUCCAUGGGGUGAGUGCCACUCAUCAGACUUUGGCCUGGAGUUUUUCCCCAUCUAUAGCAUCACUGCAUGCAGGAUCAGUUGUGAGACCCGCUACGUGGUAGAGAAUUGCAACUGCAAAAUGGUUCACAUGCCAGGUGAUGCUCCUUUUUGUACACCGGAGCAAUAUAAGGAGUGUGCAGAGCCUGCACUAGUGCUUCUCGGUGAAAAGGGUAACGAUUAUUGUGAGUGCCAAACCCCAUGCAAUUUGACCCGUUACAACAAGGAGCUCUCCAUGGUUAAGAUCCCCAGCAAGACCUCAGCUAAAUAUCUUGAGAAGAAGUUUAACAAGUCAGAGAAAUAUAUCUCGGAGAAUAUCCUUGUACUGGAUAUAUUCUUCGAAGCUCUUAACUAUGAGACCAUUGAGCAGAGGAAAGCAUAUGAAGUGGCAGCAUUACUUGGUGAUAUUGGAGGUCAGAUGGGUCUUUUUAUUGGUGCUAGUAUCCUCACUAUUCUGGAAGUAUUUGACUAUAUCUAUGAGCUGAUCAAAGAGAAAUUGUUUGAUCUUCUUGGCCCGGAGGAGGAAGAAGGAAGCCAUGAUGAGAAUGUGAGCACGUGUGAGCCCUUGUCAAACCACUCUGAUCCCACGAGCCACACUGUGACAGUCCCCCUGCAGACAACACUUGGCACGUUGGAAGAAAUUGCGUGCUGACAAUGCUUCCUCAACACCACGGAUAGCAGAACCUACAGAAGCCAGGGAAUCCUACUCAGGCUCACUAACAGGGUGGGGGAACCACUGAGGAAUUCGCUAUGCAUCCAACUGUUCUCCUUCUCUCUUCUUGCCAAAAUCAGUGAAAGAUUCCAUGGACUCAGUUGCAUCAGCCUGUCCUACCAGGAUGAGUGGAGGAGGGUGUAGGAAGGGGCAAGGUUUAUCUCCACCAGCGGACAGCACAUCUCAGUUUCUGAACUGGAGAAGUGCGAUGACCAAGGAAGCAUUCUUUCAUAGACAGCCUACAGUUAUACAAAAGAAGCCUGCAUGCCAGUUCUUUUGAUGGCAAUCUCUCUCUUUUUCCUUAAAAGCCAUGUCUCCAUCCAACAACUGUUCUUUUUUUCUUUUCUUUUCUUUUUUUUUUUUGCCACAACAAAAGUGGAGGCCAUGGCACAGACUUUCCUGCUCAAGAGUUUA